AUGGAUACAAAAUCGAAAGAGCGCACGGCCAUGAGGCGACAAUUCACGCGCACGGCCAACAAUUUCGAAAGUCUCACAACAAACAAAAAUAUAAAUAAGAACGAUAUUAUAGCAUCUUUUAAGCUACUAAAGUCAUAUUAUGAAAUGUUAAAAGUACUUGACAAUGAGGUUAGAACAUUUUUAUUUCAAGAACCCGAAAGGGAAGAUAGCCAAAAUUUAAUUGAUAGAGAGUAUGAGGAGGCCGGAAAAUAUGAGGCGAAGUGGGCCUUAUGCCAAACGAUUUUCGAAAACAUUAUAAAAAACCAUGGCAGUGAGGUAGUUGAAAAUAAGAAAAGCCACAAACUCCCAACGUUGGAGUUAACAAAAUUUGACGGCAAUAUAAAACAUUGGCUAGCUUUUUGGGGUUCAUUUAAGAAAAUACAUGAAAACGUAGAUAUCGAUAAUGUCGAUAAGUUACAAUAUUUAACUCAAGCAAUGCAAGCGGGAAGUGAUGUAAAAUCCUUUGUUAAUAGUUUCCCGUUGACUUCUUCAAGUUAUGAUUUAUGCAUUACAGACCUCAAAUCGAGGUAUGCUAAAGAGGAUUUACUUAUACAAGUAUAUGUAAGAGAGCUUUUGUCACUCAUUUUAAACAAAAAAGAAUUUAACCAAUUGUCGGAUUUAGUUGAUCAAUUGAAUGGUCAGUUGAGAGCACUUGAAGUCCUAGGAGUAACUAAAGAUAAAUUUGCAGCAUUUCUAUUACCAAUGGUGGAGUCGGCACUUCCAAGUGACACAUUAAUUAUAUGGGAGAGAACAAGAACUGAAAACGCUUCGGAAGAUCCGUUGAACUCAUUGCUACUCUUCUUAAAAAGAGAAAUUGAAAGUGAACAAAGAAUAUCAAUGGCUAAAAAGACAUUUAAUAAUCAAGACGAAGCUAUUAAGACAGCUGGACCUACUGCAACCUGCCUUAUGAUUAAUGAAAAACAAAAACAAAAAGAAAAGAUACGUAGCUGCAUAUGGUGUGGAAAAAAUCAUACAAGCUUGGAGUGUUUCAAGUUGUCAAGUAUUACAAUUACAGAGAGAAGGGAAAUUUUAAAGAAGAAGAAAGCUUGUGUAUUAUGCUUAAAACCUGGCCAUCAUGCAAAAGUAUGCCGAUUUUAUAUUAAGUGUUAUGUAUGUGGACAAAAGCAUUCACCAGUAUUGUGCACAGCUGCAGCGGAACCUAAAUCUGUAAAAGAAACUACACUUCAGAACCUGUCACAAGAUAUGAAGACUGUUCAGCAGACCUUAUUACAAACUGUCGCAGUGAAGAUCUACAACGGGAACCGGAGCACCAUAGUGAGGGCCCUCUUUGACAGCGGAUCACAGCGGUCAUACAUCAAGAGUGAAGUCGCUGAACAAUUGGGAUUAACUGCGGUAAGAACUGAAGAAAUUAGCCACUCACUAUUUGGAGGUUUAUCCGUAUCUUUUAAAAAAUAUAAUGUUUAUGAUUUUAAAAUAGAGAGCUUAGACUCUGAGGUAAAAUUAAAAAUGUCUGCACUAGAGCAGUCUGUAAUUUGUAAAAAUGUACCUAAAGUCAAUGAGUCCCAUGACUUUGUUAAAAAAUUAUUAGAUAAACAUGGGAUACAUUUAACAGACAGAGAUUGUAUUAGCAAAGAUAUAGAGCUCUUAAUUGGAGCUGAUUUCUCGGGGCUGUUAAUGACUGAAUCAUUUGUUCAGCUCGAAAAUGGGUUAACAGCAAUAAAAACAAAGUUAGGCUGGACGUUACAAGGGAAAACAUGCUUAGUAGGUAGUAAUAUUGUAACGUCUCUAUUUUGUUUACAAAAUAUUAAAGAUUUUUGGGAUCUAGAGGUAUUAGGCAUUAAUGACCCUACACAGGUGCAGUCUAAACAGCAGAAAGAAGAGGAGGUGAUGACAAGUUUCGAAGAAAACAUACAAGUGAACACCGAAGGACGAUAUGAAGUCCAUCUGCCAUGGAAGACGGGUCAUGAGGAUAUCCAGAGCAACGAGCAACUCGCCAUUCGCCGCCUAGAAUCUAUCACAAAGAAACUAACAGCAUCUGGUAAGUUUGAUGAUUAUGAUAAUGUCUUAGGUGAAUGGGAGCGUUCGGGUAUCAUCGAAGAAGUACCUAUUGAAGAAAAGAAUAAAGAAGGGGUUCACUACCUACCUCAUAGAGCUGUGAUGAAGGAGUCGAGUCUCACCACGAAGCUGAGACCUGUAUAUGACGCAUCUGCAAAGGAUUCGAAUGGUAUGUCAUUGAAUUCAUGUCUAAAUAAAGGAGUAAAUUUCCUAGAUAAGAUUCCCAAUCUAUUAACUGGAUUUCGUAAGGGUUACAUUGGUAUCACUGCUGACAUUGCCAAGGCAUUUCUGCAGAUAUCAGUGACACCACAAGAUCGCGAUUACCUGAGGUUUGUUUGGUGGAAAGAUAAUACAUGUGAGGAGAUUAAGGUGUAUAGACACUGCAGAGUAGUUUUCGGGUUGACAGCUAGUCCAUUUUUACUGUCAGCAACCAUAUCACAUCACCUUAAUCAAGUCACAGAACAAAAAGACACCGCAGAUAUCUUAGCUAGAUCAUUUUAUGUAGACAAUUUAGUAACUAGCUUAGAUUCAAUUAAACAAACACAGAAAUUUAUUCAAGAUGCUAAGAGGGUCAUGAAUGAAGGUAAAUUUGAUCUAAGACAGUGGGUCACAUCACCUUUAGAAAUAAAUGAGACUCAAAACACAGUGAUCUCGAUAUUAGGUCUUCAAUGGGACACUGAUACAGAUGAGCUCUAUUGUAACAUAAGUAAUUUACCACCGUUUCUCGAUAUAAGCAAAGUAACAAAAAGAAACUUGUUAUCCUUAACACAGAAGAUAUUUGAUCCAAUCGGAUUCACAUGCCCAGUGACACUGGUUCCUAGGCUAAUCCUUCAAAAGACCUGGAACAUGAAAAUGACCUGGGAUGAACAGCUAUCUGAAGAUAUACUAUCACAAUUUAAAGACUGGUAUGAUAAUGUGACUUAUCUUAAUAAUUGCAGAUUGCCUCGAAGACUGUCUGUUGAUUUGCUUCCUGAGUGCAGUGCGAGUCUACACAUGUUUUGCGAUGCUAGUAAGGAUGGCUAUGCAGCAUGCGUCUUCUUAAGAACUGAAAAAGAAGGUAAUGUGUCCGUUCGUUUAAUAUCUGCCAGAUCAAGGAUAUGCCCUCCAGAAAAGAUAACAAUUCCCCGACUGGAACUGCUAUCAGCCUUAAUUGGUUCAAGACUAUUGAAAGAGGCCAGAGGAAAUUUGAAUUUAAAUUGUGAUGAAUUCUGUUGGAGUGAUUCAGGAGUAGCACUGUGUUGGAUCAAGAGAGAAUUACCAUGGAAUACUUUCGUAGGGAACCGUGUAAAAGAAAUAAGACAAAAUUCUAAUGCAAACAAUUGGCACCACAUUCCAGGAACUGAGAACUGGGCAGAUUUGGCGUCCAGAGGCUGUAACGCACGCCACCUGCUUGAAGUCCGUUGGUGGGAAGGUCCGAGCUGGCUGCUUCAGCAACCCGACAUGUGGCCACGAUCUGCACUGGUAGUUGAUGAAAAAACCGUCAACAAAGAGCUGAAAAAGUCUGUGUGCCAGAUUGAGAAACAAUCUGGAAAAUCAAGGCAGAUAUAUUCUGAUACAGAUAUGAUAAUGAGAGUUAAAACAAAGCUUUUACUCACCGAUUUCCCAGAAUGCACGAAGUCACCGAUGAUUGUUCCUGCAAAGAAUGUUAUUAUCCGCAGAAUGGUUGAACAGCGUCAUCUGCAACUAUUGCAUACUGGGGCCAACACGAUGAUAACUGAUCUACGGAAACGAUUCUGGAUUCUUGGUAUCAGAUUAUUAGUGAAAUCGGUAAUAGAUAAAUGUAUUGUGUGCAGAAGACACAGAUCACAGCCGACACCAGCACCAGCAGCUCCGCUACCACUCGAUCGAGUUCAACUUACUGCUCCUUUCCAGGUGACAGGUGUUGAUUUAGCGGGACCUCUCUACUUACAGGAUGGCACUAGGAAUCUUUUACGUGACAUCGAUUGGGACGAGGUACAACGCCAAUCGACAAUUCAACGCAUCAAAUGGAAGUUAAACGUUCCCACAGCUGCAUGGUGGGGCGGUUUCUUCGAACGCCUAAUUAAGGUAAUGAAAGAUUUAUUACGAAGAGUGCUAGGCACGUCAUCAGUCUCAUAUGAUGAAAUGCAGACUCUGUUAUGUGACUGCGAAGCCGUCAUCAAUGACCGGCCGCUCACAUAUGUAGAAGACGACAAGGCAAAUGCUUUAGAGCCCCUGAGGCCCUCUUGUUUUCUACAAACACUACCUCAAACAGAUGUGACUGAUCUGGACCAGAUAGAUAGUAAGAAUCUUAACAAAAGAUUAAGAUAUUUGCAGAAGCUGAGAUCAGACUUUCGUCAACGAUUCAAGAAUGAGUAUUUAACAACACUGGUACAAAGAGGUAAAGAUAAAAAUAGUACUCUAAAGGUUGGUGAUAUAGUCCUAAUAGAGACAGAAGAUAAGAGAAUAAAAUGGCCAUUAGGACUUGUUGUAGAAAUUAUUACAGGUAACGAUGGUGUUAAUAGAACUGCCAAGAUAAGUCCAUUUAUACACAAAAUACUCGAGAUUUGCUUAGUUGCAUAUACAGGUAAAACUAGGAAGAAAGCUGAAAAGGGUAUGGUCACUUAA